CCUUGGCUGACCAGGGAGCGGGGAAGAACAGGAGCAAGUUUGUCCCCUACAGAGACUCUGUGCUCACCUGGCUGCUCAAGGACAGCCUGGGAGGGAACAGCCGCACCGCCAUGGUCGCCACCAUCAGCCCGGCUGCGGACAACUAUGACGAGACGCUGUCCACCCUGCGCUACGCCGACCGCGCCAAGAGCAUCGUCAACCACGCCGUCGUCAACGAAGACCCCAACGCCAGGAUCAUCAGAGAGCUGCGGGAGGAAGUGGAGAAGCUGAGGGAGCAGCUCACAGAGGCUGAGUCCAUGAAGGCCCCCGAUCUGAAGGACAGGCUGGAGGAGUCGGAGAAACUGAUCCAAGAAAUGACCUACACCUGGGAGGACAAGCUCAGGAAGACUGAGGCUAUUGCACAGGAGCGUCACAGGCAGCUCCCGCUCUGCUACACCCACAGGGAACUGGCCCUGAGUCUCAGAA